AUGAAGUCCUUCAAGAUGCUGACCGGCCUGACUUUGCUGGCAUUGUCUGCGGCAGAGGACUUGACCAAGCAUGUCGAUGUCUUCAUGGGGACGCAAAGCGGGGGCAAUGACUUUCCCGGUGCAGCAAGACCCUUCGGCAUGGUCAAGCUGGGACCUGACCUUCUCCAUUCCGGCACAGACUCUUACUCCGGGUACCUGCCGAAUGGCAAAUUCUCUGGCUUUAGUUUGAUGCACGAGCAGGGUACUGGCGGCGCCCCAAAGUACGGGACUGUCUCGCAACUGCCACUCGUGGGCGAUAUUACUGAUCCACUGUCCAACAUUACCGUUUCUCGGUCUGGGACCGACGCAGGCUCCGUCGGGUACUACAAGGCUCAGACCGAGGACGGUGUUGAGGUUGAGUUGAGUGCUUCCGCGCGGGCAGGAAUCUACCGCUAUACCUUCCCGAGUGACGUGGAGAAAAACAUCCUGGUAGACGUCUCGCAUGUGUUGCCGUCUUUCCGGGGCCAGGGACUUGGGCAGAACUAUGAAGGUGGAAACUUGACCAUCUUUGCAGAUGGCCAUUACGAGGGUCUUGGGACUUACAAUAAUGGGUGGAACGAGGCCCCCGACUGGACGAUAUAUUUCUGUGGCUAUUUUGACUCUGAUGCAACGAGCAAUAAGACAUACACUGCAACAGGUGCAGCUAGUAGCGUCGAGCAGUCGGGUGGCUCCGUCUCGUCCACUUCGAGCUCCAUUCGAGUCGGUGCAUUAUUCACGUUCAGUGACGAGGAGGUCAUCUCCCGCGUUGGAAUCUCUUGGAUCUCCUCGACACAAGCCUGCAGCAAUGUCAACCGGGAAAUUCCGGAAGGCAUGAGCUUCGCCUCGGUCGUCAACGACGCUGUUUCUGAAUGGAACGAGGAAGUGCUGUCCAAAGUCACUACAACCAACACGAACGAUACCAGCCUUAGUCUGUUAUACACCUCUCUCUACUUCAUGCAUCUGAUCCCCACAAACCAGACGGGCGAAAACCCCGGCUGGGAGUCAGACGAGCCCUAUUAUCAGGAUAUCUUCACAUUCUGGGAUCUAUUCCGCUGCUCUACCGCGUUAAUGCAAGUCCUCCAGCCAACCACUUAUGAGGAGCAAAUCCGGUCUCUGAUUGACAUUUGGCGACACGAUGGCUAUCUUCCCGACGCACGGUCAUCCAAUUACAACGGCCGCACCCAGGGCGGCUCGAACGCGGACAAUGUCCUCGCCGAUGCCUACGUCAAAGGCGUUCGCGGAUCCGUCAAUUGGGAAGACGGCUACAAAGCCAUGGUAAAAGAUGCUGAAGUCACACCGGCGAACUCUCCAGUCGAUCCCAUGGCACCAGACUCGUCAACUCAUGAGGGUCGCGGUGCAUUGCCCGACUGGCUCAAUCUCGGAUAUAUUACGCCAACGUACAGCCGCGCUGUGAGCCGAGCUGUCGAGUAUGCGGCCAACGACUUUGGUCUGUACCAGGUUGCGUCUGGACUGGGGAAGCACGAGGAUGCGGCCAAGUACCUCAACCGCUCGCGCAACUGGCGCAAUCAUUGGAACCCGGAGCAGACGUCGCUUGGUUUCUCGGGUUUCGUUGUCCCGCGGAAUACCACUGGGUUCAUUGAGACUGAUCCAUUGAACGAUAGUGGGUACUGGGGAGAUCCAUACUAUGAGGCCAGCUCGUGGGCGUAUUCGUGGGCGGAUGUGCAUGAUAUGCGACACCUGGUUGACUUGAUGGGAGGUGCUGAGACAGUGGUGAACCGGCUGGAUACUAUGUUCACCGAGGGCGCCAGAGGGUCGAGCGGAAUUAUUUUUGAUUCUACGAAUGAGCCAAUGUUCAACAUUCCCUACCUGUACCACUACGUUGGCCGCCAGGACCUCUCUGUCUCCCAAUCCCGGAAAGUCGCCAAGAGCGACUAUUCCACCGGGGUGUCGGGCCUCCCGGGCAACAGCGAUGCUGGCGCCAUGCAGACAUGGCUGCUAUGGAACAUGAUUGGUCUGUACCCAAUCACCGGGCAGUCUACAUUCCUGAUCCAUUCGCCGUGGUUCGAGUCGAUGACCAUUGAUCUUGGAGGCAACAAGAAGCUGGAGAUUACCUCGACGGGUGGAGAUGACAAUGGUGACCGCGAUUUCUACGUGCAGAGCUUGAAAGUCAAUGGCAAGGCGUGGGAAAAGAACUGGCUGACUUGGGAUGAUGUCUUCGCUAACGGAGGCACCCUUGAGUUUGAGCUGGGGUCGACCGCGUUGAACUGGUCGACGGGCGAGUUGCCACCGAGUCCAGCUUCCGAGUGA